AUGACACGAACAACUGUUGCAGUUCGAACACCAGCCGGUACAACACCUUUUCAUGUGGUAACUGGAAUAAGAGAAGGGGCAGUGACAGGAUCCUUUCUGUCCAACAUCGAUGACAUCAUGCGAAGAACGGUCCAUCAGUGUCUUGCUGACAGCAUCUUAGCACCAUCAAGACGCCACUUGACCGAUCUCGAGUACGAUCCCGACGAUGUUGUUACAUUCGCGGAAACCAGUGCAAAACUUCAGCAUAUCGAAAAACUUUGCACCGAAACUGCUAGCUGCAGCCUGUGGACCACGUCUACUCCCUGA